GACGUUUCACUAAACUCGAUUGCUACGGGCGAACCUGCGAAGGACGUCACCUCAAAUGCGCUACUUAAUUUUGACCUCUGGACCCGACGCCGUCUAGAGGCGACACUUUUACACGCCGCCGUCGUCGCCGCCGACACUCGACGACACUGCUCCUUCUAGAUCUCUGCCUACGCGGUCUCGCUCGCCCACCUCGCUCGAUUUGUCUUCUACUCAUUCGGAAGAUCCAUCCACCGUCGUGAAAGGAACGAAGAAAUUAAGCAUUCUGUCAUUCCUGGAUCUGCUUUUUGAACCGUUUUGGGGGGGUUCAUCUUCAAUUGGAUUGAUUUGGCGCCUCGUCGGAUCUGAGUGUGUUGAUUUCUGAGUGGAUAUCUCAAGUCUUUGUUGAUGAUGGAGCUGAGCAGUGGACUAGGAGAUGAAGAGACGGUUGAAGCAACAGAAGCAGCUGCUGCUCAUACGGAAGAUAAAGUCGGGGAAGUUGGUAAAGAAAAGGAGAAGGAUCGGAAGCUAUCGCUACGUAGGGAGCCCUCUUUCUCGCGGUGGUGCAACGAGGAUGGGAUCUUGCGGCAGAGCGCCGUGGACGAUGAUGGAUCCCCUAGGACCAACUCAGCGGCAGAAGAGUCCGAAGAAUUCGAACUGCCGUUGCUCCAUCAGAGGAUGCCUGAUGAAGUGGGAUCGCAGGCAGAGGACCAGCGGAGAAUCCAUGAAUUCCGCCAGAGGAGCAUGUUUCUGGGGAUCGUGAAUGGGGACACUGAGAAGUACGUGCCUUUGGAUAUAGAGAACGAUGUGCACGUUAGCGAUUCUAUGACAAAGAUCGUGUCUUUGGAGCAAUCCAGAAAUAGCGCAAUUUCUUUUGCAAUCUUGCUAAAGACUCUGUUCUAUAUACUGGUUUGGUACACAUUAAGUACUUGCUUGACAGUGUACAAUAAGACAUUACUAGGUGAUAAUUUGGGGAAAUUUCCAGCUCCACUGUUGAUGAAUACAAUUCAUUUUUCUUUGCAAGCCAUUUUCUCGAAUGUCAUUGUGUAUAUCCAGUCUCGGAAUUCUGAAAGCAGCAAUAAUAUCAUGACAUGGAAGGAUUACUUUGCCAGAGUUAUCCCAACUGCUAUUGGAACUGCGUUGGAUGUGAAUUUAAGCAAUGAGUCUCUUGUAUAUAUAACGGUGACAUUUGCAACCAUGUGUAAAUCUGCCUCUCCUAUAUUUCUCCUUAUGUUUGCAUUUGCCUUCAGGCUGGAGAAACCUAGUUUGAAGCUUGUAGGCAUUAUGCUCAUUAUUUCUGUUGGUGUUCUACUAACAGUUACAAAAGAGACAAAGUUUGAGUUCUGGGGCUUCAUUUUUGUUAUGUUAUCUGCUGUUAUGGCUGGUUUUCGCUGGUGUAUGACACAGAUUCUGUUGCAGGAAGAGGCAUACGGUUUGAAGAAUCCAAUCACUUUGAUGAGUUAUGUGACACCAGUGAUGGCGAUCACAACUGUUGUCCUUUCUCUAUUUUUGGAUCCCUGGGAUACGUUCAAGGGAAACAAUUACUUUGAUAGCUCUAAACACAUAAUACGAAGCUGCCUACUUAUGCUUCUCGGAGGAGCAUUGGCAUUUUGUAUGGUUUUAAUGGAAUAUAUUCUCGUUUCAGCAACUAGUGCAGUGACAGUAACAGUAGCUGGCAUUGUGAAGGAGGCUGUUACAAUUUUGGUUGCAGUAUUUUACUUCCACGAUCAGUUUACCUGGUUAAAGGGAGUAGGGCUUUUAACUAUUAUGGUCGGAGUCAGUUUGUUUAAUUGCUUCAAAUACUACAAUCUGAAAAAAGAAGGAACAAAUAGAUUAACCGAGCGAGAUGCAAAAUACGUUAUUCUCGAUGACACAGAGCUUCAAGAUGAUGAACUUGAGUUUCCAUCAGUGUAGACAGCACCAAAUUUGGUUGGUUCAUGGUGCAUCCGAAACAUCAUUUAGGUGUGUGACAAAACUUGGAAUGCUUCCUUGAUUGACUAAAUAGUAUCUCAAGUGUGAAUAUCAUCCCUCUUCAGAAGCAACCUACUGCUCUGCAAUGUCAACCCCAAGGAUUUGGUAAUUGAUUACAAACUGUGCUUUCAUGGAUCUGAGUCAUAAUUUAAAAGGAAGGAAUUGAUCAACCAUAUCCAAACUUCUGUUUGUGAAUCAUAAAGCAAUCUCUAUAGCAUCCUUGGCCUCUUCCAUUUGGAUUUUCAUUGGCUUCCUUUCUGUCCGAUGCCAUUUGUAUACUUUUAGUUGUUUUUACUGGAUGCUUUCUUUGAGCCAAUGAUCUGUUCUCUUGCUAACUUCCAAUUCCAUCAGAAGACGUAAAGUAUCAAAAUAUUUAACGGAACGAUUUUCACGCAGCAGAGUUCUGCCGGAUGCAAAUUUCAUAUUAUUCUGAUUUAUAUAGAAGGAAAUACAGCAAAGCUUAUCCUUGUUUUUUUUUGUGAUUGCACUGAUGAUAAUAUAAUUUUUGUACUAGUAGAUCACAAUGGCAACCUGUGCAUUGUUUGGAUUUUCUACAGCUGUGUAUGUCCUAAUGCUAUAUUAUUGCUUGUUUGCC